UAUGUGAAGCAGGAAGCCAAAAUCGUGUUCUGCUCAAGUGUCUGCAGAAAACACCGCCACCGGUGUUGAUUUUUGCCGAGAAGAAAUAGGAUGUGGACGCAAUCCACGAGUACCUGUUGCUCAAAGGUGUUGAAGCUGUGGCUAUCCACGGUGGAAAAGACCAAGAGGAAAGGUCGAGAUCAGUGGACGCAUUCAGAAAGGGUAGCAAGGACGUGCUGGUGGCAACAGACUUUGCCUCAAAGGGUCUCAACUUUGCGGAUGUUCAACACGUUAUCAACAUGCCAGAUGACGUUGAAAAUUAUGUCUACAGAAUUGGUCGUACAGGCAGAUCGGACAAAACUGGCAUUGCCACGACCUUCAUCAAUAAGUCGAAUGACGAGUCCGUCCUUCUUGAUCUCAAGCACUUCUUAAUCGAGGCCAAGCAAAGGGUGCCCUUGUUCCUGGCUACGAUGCAGUCUGAGAAUGAAAAGUACCUGGAUCUUGGAGAUGAAUGUGGCUGCAGCUACUGCGGAGGUCUAGGCCACAGGAUCACAAACUGCCCCAAACUGGAGGCCAUCCAGAGCAAGCAGGCAUCCAACAUUGGACGAAGAGAUUAUUUGGCCAACACUGCUGCAGAUUACUAA